AGGUACCUACCAUCCUUUGUGAACGAGUCCAGAGGAAGUAAGCAAAGCUAAACUAGUCAAUUCAAGAAUCAUUCGAUUCAAGCAUCAACCAGCUGUGUAAGACAGCGGAGAAACAAAUUUGGGGGCGUGCAUGAAGAGUUUCAAGAGGCCAAGAUAUUCUCUAAGAAGAGCAACAAGGCAUGGAACAGGGCCUGUACCAACUAUUAGUAGGAACCAUGUAUUGUUUCGUUUUCCUGUCAAGUGUCAAACCGAAAGUAAUAUAGCACAGUCGCAAAAGCUACCAAGUCAAAGGUCGUCUGUCAAUGCCUCUGUAAUCGUUGGUAACUUUUCAGAGCCUCCGAAGUCUGAAUAUUUUGUGAAGUAUAAGUAUUCACUAUAUAGAACAGGAGUGAGACAAAAACACUCGUUGCAAACCAACUUUUUCCCUCAAAGUUCACCAGUUACUUCGCACUAUAGAAGUUCCUUCAUAGGGAAGGAUUUAAAGCACACGCACUCUACCACUUUUAAAAACAAAGUGCUCGUGAACAAAGUAAACGUUCAGUCAAAUAGUAGUAGUGCUGAACUAGUCAAUAAUUCAGAAGAGAGCAACAAGAAAACCAAAGAAACACCUUUGAAAGUUGCUCAAAGUGGCAAAAGUUACUUUACUUAUGGCAGAAACAAGAAACUUAAGUCUGAACUAUGUUUCUUCUAUACUAGGUUUGGACUCUGUACAGAUAAACAGUGUCGCUUCAUUCACGACCCUGAGAGAGUUUUUGUUUGUCGACGGUUUAUUAGUGGCUCUUGUCAGAAUCCGGGUUGUAAAUUGCUGCAUACCCGAGAGGAGAAUAGGAUGCCUGUUUGCUUGAGGUUCUUAAGUGGGUUAUGUGGGAAGAAUAACUGUCCGUUUGUUCACGUUAAUAUUGGCAAAAAUCCUGAAAUAUGCAAAGAUUUUGUCUUCAGGGGUUUUUGUAGUCAGGGACGUCUAUGUUGCAGACUGCACACUUGGGAUUGCGUCGAGUUUUGGAAAACGGGUCAAUGUUCAAAUUUUGAGAAAUGUCCAUUGAGACACAAAUUGUGUCAAUUUGGGAAAAGAGAAAAAGUUCCAUAGAAUGGCUCAAAGAGCCUAAUAACAUGCACAGUUUGGAUAGUCAUGUGAGAGUUUGACCUCGUGGACCUUGACUGAAUAUAUACCCUUCCAAAUUUUCCAACCUCUCAGCCUUUUUGCUUCUUUAGUAGCCAGAGUGAGAAAGGAAAUAAAAUCCAAUCAUUAAUUACAUUCACAU